AUGGUAAAGAAGUCUGAAUUUCCCAUUGUUUAUGCUAGGACACAGAAAGAAAAGCACUUACCCGGUAGUUUAGUUCUAUUAAAUGAAUCAGUGGAUAUUUUAACUGCGGAAAGAAAUUUUGAUAUCAGUUUUACUCUGAGGGAAAUCACUGAAAUCAGUGUUCACACACCAUGGGAGAUGACCAUAUUGCAGCUUAGGAUUGGUCAGACUGGACAGUCUGUGCAUCUCAUAGCAGCACGGUUAGUGCACAUUCUUCAAACACUUGAGGUUAUGUUGCCUGGGAAGGUAAACUAUGAGGAUCCACCAGGUGAAUUUGAAGAAGAUGCUGAGGAGGAGAAGUUAGAUGGACUCGAUUUGCAAGGUGGGUGGAAUUCCGGAAGGGUACCCUAG